UCUUGGUCUUUCUGUUUUAGACCAAACCGUAGCUUUACAAAUAACAGCUGACAGCAGUGAAGUCAAAAAACAACAACAGAUAAUAUCAACAAUCCGCGGGUGAAGAGUUCUGGGGAUGGAAGUAUUUAAGACCGGUGUGACCAUGCAGCCUCUGGCGUAAGGCGCUCUGACCUAUGCUACACCAAGCGUCAAUAGACCGGAGUUUCUUCUUUUUUUCUUUUUUUGUUGUUGCUUGUGUCAGUCAUUUUGUUGACAGUUUUUGAUGAGAUGUUCCGCAAAGAACAAUACUAUUGAGGAACAGGAGAGGAGACGAUUGCUUCUAUCUAAUUACAUUUGCUUUGGAUAACAGCCUGUGAGAAGUCAGACUAUUCCUCAAGAUUUAUUCCCCCCCCCCCACACCACCACAAUCAGAAUAAGAACUGUAUCACGCCCUUUGUGGAUAGGAUAAUUGACUAGCCAUGAGUACCGCCAGUACCCAUAACCCAGUGAUACUGGGCCAUUCCAGCCAGAAUGGCCAGCUCCGAGGCCCGGUGGUGAAGCCUGCAGGAGGGCAGGGCAGCGGAGGAGGAAAUCAUCAGACACAUCAGCCCAGCCAGAUGAAGCAGGCCUCCAGCACAAUCAACAACGGCACUGGGCCUAGCAGCACCCAGUUGGCUAAAGCUACCCCCACAGCCAAUACUGUCAUCAAGCCUGGAGAUGACUGGAAGAGGAAUUUGACGCUCCCUCCCAAAGACAUGAGGAUGAGAACUUCGGACGUAACGGCGACUAAAGGCAAUGAGUUUGAAGACUACUGCCUGAAGAGGGAGCUGCUGAUGGGCAUCUUUGAGAUGGGCUGGGAGAAACCCUCUCCAAUACAGGAGGAGAGCAUCCCCAUAGCGCUGUCUGGGAGGGACAUUCUGGCCAGGGCCAAGAACGGGACAGGAAAGAGCGGAGCCUACCUCAUUCCCCUAUUGGAACGCAUUGACCUGAAGAAGGACUGCAUACAAGCGAUGGGCAUCGUCCCCACCAGAGAACUGGCCUUGCAGGUGAGCCAGAUCUGUAUCCAGAUCAGCAAACACAUGGGCGGGGUCAAAGUCAUGGCCACAACGGGCGGCACCAACCUCCGCGAUGACAUCAUGAGGCUCGACGAGACAGUUCACGUUGUGAUUGCCACCCCUGGGAGGAUCCUGGACCUCAUUAAGAAGGGUGUGGCCAAAGUCAAUCAGGUUCAAAUGAUUGUUCUGGACGAGGCAGACAAGCUGCUGUCCCAGGACUUUGUGGUGAUGAUGGAAGAGGUACUGAGCUACCUGCCCAAACAGAGACAGAUUCUGCUCUACUCUGCUACUUUCCCUCUCAGCGUGCAGAAGUUCAUGAACUCCCACCUGUCCAAGCCCUACGAGAUCAACCUGAUGGAGGAGCUGACCCUGAAGGGGGUCACCCAGUAUUACGCCUACGUUACAGAGAGACAGAAGGUCCACUGUCUCAACACACUCUUCUCCAGGGUGAGUACUAUCGCCUUAACCCCUAUCGCUGUAACCCCGUGUACCCUGACCCUGAAGGGGGUCACCCAGUAUUAUCUCUACCUGACUCUGUCCUCUGCCGCCCCCCCCCAGCUGACUCUGUCCUCUGCCGCCCCCCCCCAGCUGACUCUGUCCUCUGCCGCCCCCCCCCAGCUGACUCUGUCCUCUGCCGCCCCCCCCCAGCUGACUCUGUCCUCUGCCGCCCCCCCCCAGCUGACUCUGUCCUCUGCCGCCCCCCCCCAGCUGACUCUGUCCUCUGCCGCCCCCCCCCAGCUGACUCUGUCCUCUGCCGCCCCCCCCCAGCUGACUCUGUCCUCUGCCGCCCCCCCCCAGCUGACUCUGUCCUCUGCCGCCCCCCCCCAGCUGACUCUGUCCUCUGCCGCCCCCCCCCAGCUGACUCUGUCCUCUGCCGCCCCCCCCCCAGCUGACUCUGUCCUCUGCCGCCCCCCCCCAGCUGACUCUGUCCUCUGCCCCCCCCAGCUGACUCUGUCCUCUGCCCCCCCCAGCUGA